UGCAGGAGUCAGUCACAGUCAGGACACAGCAUGGACAUGAGGGUCCCCACUCAGCUCCUGGUCUUCCUGUUGCUCUGGCUCUCAGGAGUCAGAGGUGACAUACAGAUGACCCAGUCUCCAUCCUCCCUGUCUGCAUCUGUAGGAGACAGAGUCACCAUCACUUGCCGGGCAAGUCAGAGCUUUAGUAGUAGUUUAGCCUGGUAUCAGCAGAAACCAGGGAAAGCCCCUAAGCUCCUGAUCUAUAGUGCAUCCAGUUUGCAAUCUGGGGUUCCUUCGAGGUUCAGUGGCAGUAAGUCUGGGACAGAUUUAACUCUCACCAUCAGCAGCCUGCAGCCUGAAGAUAUUGCCAGUUAUUACUGUCAACAGUAUUACAGUUACCCUCCCACAGUGUUACACACCGUUAUUCUUCUUGGAAAGGUGGAUGCUCAGAAGUGCCGGUAUCCCCUCUUUCAAAGCCAAGGAUAUAGUAGUCAUGAAGAAGAUAUUAGAAGCAGGAUUCUCUGGUGCUCCCUCAGAAAAGAGAAUGCACCUGCCCCUAAUUAUGGGCUUUCUAACCGUGUGGUCCUCAAUCCUGUGUGGAAGUGUGCCAGAUGUGACAUCCAGAUGACCCAGUUUCCAUCUUCCCUGUCUGCAUCUGUAGGAGAUAGAGUCACCAUCACUUGCAGGGCAAGUCAGGGCAUUAGCAAUUAUUUAAAUUGGUAUCAGCAGAAACCAGGAAAAGCUCCUAAGCUUCUGAUCUAUGCUGCAUCCAGAUUGGAAAGUGGGGUCCCAUCAAGGUUCAGUGGCAGUGGAUCUGGGACAGAAUUCACUCUCACCAUCAGCAGCCUGCAGCCUGAAGAUUUUGCAACUUAUUACUGUCUACAGUAUAAGAGUGACCCUCCCACAGUGUUACACACACGAACAAAAACCCUCAGGGAAGCAGAUGACCCAGAGGGAACCAUGGAAGCCCCAGCACAGCUUCUCUUCCUCCUGCUACUCUGGCUCCCAGAUACCACCGGAGAAAUUGUGAUGACGCAGUCCCCAGCCACCCUGUCUUUGUCUCCAGGAGAAAGAGCCACCCUCUCCUGCAGGGCCAGUCAGAGUGUCAGCAGCUACUUAGCCUGGUACCAGCAGAAACCUGGGCAGGCUCCCAGGCUCCUCAUCUAUGAUGCAUCCAGCAGGGCCACUGGCAUCCCAGCCAGGUUCAGUGGCAGCGGGUCUGGGACAGAGUUCACUCUCACCAUCAGCAGCCUGGAGCCUGAAGAUGUUGGAGUUUAUUACUGUCAGCAGUAUAAUAACUGGAACCCACAGUGA